GUGUGACAAAAUGCACUUUCCAAAGGGCUGAGAGGCAGACAGGAAUGUUUGCUCUGCUUGCCUGAGAAGAGAAAGGUUCCUGGACCUCCUCUUGCUUCUCCUUUAGAAUAAUUUGGAUGGAUUUGUGAUGCAGAAAGGCUUAAAGAAAAAAGGAUAACCAUUCCUUGUGGUGGAAAGUUUAGGGAGAAAAAAACACUGCUUUCUUCAAACAAGGGUACCAUUUUGAUAUUUAUGGGGAUUGCUUUUCCCACCAUGAAGGCAUCUGUUAUUGAAGUCUUGCUCGUUUUGCUGGUAACUGGAAUACUUUCAAAUAAAGAAGUGGCAAAGAAGAUUAAAAGACCCAAAUUCGCUGUGCCUCAGAUCAACUGUGAUAUCAAAGCUGGAAAGAUCAUCAAUCCUGAGUUCAUGGUGAAAUGUCCAGCAGGGUGCCAGGACCCCAGAUACCAUGUUUACGGCACUGGCGUCUAUGCGUCUUACUCCAGCGUGUGUGGCGCUGCGGUUCACAGUGGUGUGCUGGAUAAUUCAGGAGGGAAAAUCCUUGUUCGGAAAGUCGCUGGGCAGUCCGGGUACAAAGGAAGUUACGCUAAUGGUGUUCAGUCUUUAUCGUUGCCAAGAUGGAGAGAAUCCUUCAUCAUCUCAGAGAGUAAACCCCAAAAGGGUGUAACCUACCCGUCGACUCUUACAUAUUCAUCAUCCAAAAAUCCAGCUGCCCAAGCAGGUGAGGCCACAAAAGCCUAUGAGAAACCAUCUAUUUCAGGGACAACCGCACAGCCUGUCACCCUGACACAGGCUCAAGCUAUCUCAGUAGCUGAGGCCACCCACAGAGCCACACCAAAGCCAUUGGCAGCAUCCGUGACCAGCAGCCCCAGAGGGAUGGGAGAGACGGAUGUGUGGAAGCCUGGACUGGUCCUUUUAGACUCAGGGUUUGUGCCAAAACAGGAACUCAGCACGCAGUCUUCAGAGCCAGCGUCCCAGGGAGAUCCAAACUGCAAAGUUGACUUGUCCUUCUUAAUCGACGGGAGCACCAGCAUUGGCAAGCGCCGCUUCCGAGUCCAGAAGCAGUUCUUAGCGGAUGUCGUCCAGGCUCUUGACGUUGGCCCUGCCGGGCCUCUCGUGGGUGUCGUUCAGUAUGGAGACAACCCUGCUACCCAGUUUAACCUCAAAACUCAUGUGAAUUCUCAAGAUCUGAAGGCAGCUAUUGAGAAAAUUACCCAGAGAGGAGGCCUUUCUAAUGUAGGCCGUGCCAUCUCCUUUGUAACCAAGAACUUCUUUUCCAAAGCUAAUGGGAACAGGGGUGGCGCUCCCAAUGUGGCUGUGGUCGUGGUUGAUGGCUGGCCCACAGACAAAGUGGAAGAGGUGUCCCGAGUGGCAAGGGAGUCGGGGAUCAAUGUCUUCUUCAUCACCGUCGAGGGGGCUGCUGAGAGCGAGAAGCAGUAUGUGCCGGAGCCCAACUUCGCCAGCAAGGCUGUGUGCAGAACGAACGGCUUCUACACCUUCAACGUGCAGAGCUGGCUCAGCCUUCACAAGACGGUGCAGCCCCUGGUGAAGCGGAUCUGUGACACAGACCGCCUAGCCUGCAGCAAGACCUGCUUAAACUCUGCCGACAUAGGCUUUGUCAUUGACGGCUCGAGCAGCGUGGGGACAAGCAACUUCCGCACUGUUCUGCAGUUUGUGGCCAACCUCAGCAAGGAGUUUGAGAUUUCAGACACCGACACGCGCAUCGGGGCCGUGCAGUACACCUAUGAGCAGCGGCUGGAAUUCGGGUUCGACAAGUAUAGCAGCAAAAACGACAUCCUCAGUGCCAUCAGGAGGGUGGGGUACUGGAGUGGGGGCACCAGCACCGGGGCUGCCAUCCAGUAUGCCCUCGAACAGCUCUUCAAGAAGUCCAAACCCAACAAGAGGAAGUUAAUGAUCCUGAUCACUGACGGCAGGUCCUACGACGACGUGCGCAUCCCAGCCAUGGCUGCCUACCAGAAGGGGGUGAUCACAUACGCAAUAGGCAUCGCGUGGGCAGCCCAAGACGAGUUGGAGGUGAUCGCCACCCACCCCGCCAGGGACCACGCCUUCUUUGUGGAUGAGUUUGACAACCUCUACAAAUUCGUCCCCAGGAUCAUCCAGAGUAUCUGUACAGAGUUCAACUCCCAGCCUCGGAACUGAGAUCGGAGCAGACGGUUGGUGGCCUGACCGACUCUUGAACUGUCCUCCAUCAUUGUCCCUCUCCCUGGGGCAUAAGAAGUGGGCAGAGCUUGGGCAGGGCUCGGGGAAAUGCUUGUGUUGCUACUGUUCUUUGCUUUAAGUGCUUCCAAGCCUGCCUGUUCAAGGCUGGGCUCAAAGGCUGCUCUGUUUUGCGUGUGAUGAAGACUUCACAUUUUGACAGUUGUACAUAUCCAGAAGACAGCUCUUGUGACAGGUUUGAGCCUUUAUGAGAAGUCUGUUUUUAUUUCUCAUUAGAAAUUAUGUGAUCUUCAAUACAUUUCUUUUUCCUUUUAUUUUUUUAGUCAUGAGAAUGUAGGAGUGGCUUGAAUAAAUGUUUAAAAGAA